UCGUUUAUGUCCAUUUUUUGUUUUUUGUUAUUGCUUCGUUACUUUGAUGCUGUGACGUUGAUGUUGUCUUGUCUAAAAUGUCAUAGCUGGCUUUGAUUCACAUCGAUAAUUUAUAUUUUAUUUCAAUAUGCUUCAUAAUCGCUAAAUCUUCGAGUAAGAAAUGAACAUGGAAAGUUCUAGUGAAAGGAAGAAUAUCAAUAAGGCCAAAUCAUACAGCAUUCAGUCUCCACCACAAAAUAAAAUCAAAAGCGAGCCAGUGAAGCGUAAAUCAUUCUAUGUUAACGAUGCGGUAAAAUCUUUAGAUUUGGCUUUAGGAAGAUUAAAAAAGAGUAAAUUAGUGAAUGGGGAGGAAUCCGAGAUGCAGAUAGAUCCAGUGACAUCAAACAGGAAUAUGUACCUAGACUCUUGUCCUAGCUUCAACGGAGCUCAUAGAAAUGACAACAUAUCUUUGAUGUCCAUGAAUUUUUCUCACUAUGAGUUGAUGAGGAAUUUGUCGCGAACAAACUGCAACUCGGACGGUGCCCACAGCGGCAGCACCUGCAACGCUAACUCCACGCCAGACGACCUGCAGCUCAAGGACGAGCAUCUGGAGAGGUACUUCCGCAGCGCAGAAAUGUGGAACACGAACUUUAGAGAAGUUCACCCACAUGUUCAUUUCCAGUUACCCGAAAAAUAAUCAAGUUUUUUUUUACCCAUGUUUGCUUAACCUUAAGACCUGUGAGUGAUCAAAUUGAAUGAAACAAUCAGGGAUUUGCACUUAAAUAAAACUUCCCAAUGAACGAUUACGUAAA